AAAUAAAUAAGAAAGAGACACGUUGGUUGUCAGCAUUUGCCUAGAGAUGGCGUCUACCACACUCUUGCUGCUUUGUUUGGCACUAGGUACAGGCUUGUGUAGUGGACAAGCGGGUCAGACAAGCACUGGCUUACCUUCAGCCAAACUGAUCAGGUUCAUCCAAUCAGUCACUGGAUACGUGUCAGGUGAGAAACAGCUGACUGAGGAGAGAGAGAAAAACUUCCUCCACCCCCACUCUUUGAUUGAGGGCUAUUUCAUCCCAGUUGAUGUCAAGAUAUUCAACCCGAUCCCAACAUUCUAUUUGGAAGAACUUGUCAACAAAGUGACAUACCGUCGUCACAUUGUGACAGUGACCGAGGAUAACGAUGGGCUGAUCAUUGUGACACCCUACAACGUCACGGUUGAUGUCAAAUUCCAAAGAAACGGUACCCUGGACACCAAUGCUGUGUACAACAUAAAACGUGAAGAACUGGAGAGCCACGAGAACUGUGUGGCCGUCUAUAUAGAAGUGGAGGAGAAUGUGUUUCAUGGUUCCUGGCCUGACUGCUACAGUAGCAUAGAGUUGCACAACCCAAAGUACAGCAACAUUUGGACCUGUCACUACGUCACAACUCUCGUCUCACACCCGGGCGCUAAAGAGGGAGCUACUCCUGUUCCUUUUAUUCUCAACAAGGCUAACCGCCCGCUACUGCCGUACAUGACCAGAGGUCAAGUUUACAAAUCUACAUGUGGACCAAAACCCGUCGAGAGAGAACUAAAGUGGCCGUCUGCCUAAAGCUUACCGUUAGCGAGGGUGACGUAUUUGAUUAAAAUGAAA